AAUUUUAAACAGUGAGAUCGGCGUCCUGUUUGAGUUGGCUAUUGAUAUGUACUGUAACUACUAUGGGCUGAUCUCGGCUUUUUAGGCCUUUUAUACAUUUAUUUUAUUUACAUUUAUCCGCAUUCGUCGUCUUUUUUAAAUAUCGUAUUUAAAAUGAACUUCGUGGAUUCUCAUAUCGUUACUCCGGGUCCUUACAGGGCUACCAAACUGUGGAAUGAGGUGACCAAGCUCUUCCGGGCCGGCAUGCCCCUGCGGAAGCACCGGCUGCACCUGCGCUCCUACGGGAGCUGUUUCACGGCGACGGCCGCCGCGGACUGGCUCCACGACCUGCUACGCAACAACUGCAACUUCGGGCCCGAGGUGACGAGGCACCAGACGCUGCAACUGCUGCGCAAGUUCUUGAAGAACCACGUGAUCGAGGAUGUGAAGGGCCGGUGGGGGUCAGAGGACCUGGAGGACGACGGGCGGCUCUACAGGUUUCCUUCCACUUCACCAGUGAAACCUGUUCCGAGUGGCUCCAGUUCCACGAAGAAGAGGAAGAGCACGUUGAAGGAAAAGGAGGCUCUCUUCAAAUUCCGGACCUCCAAGAUAUUUGGGAAAGAAUCUCAAGAAAAUGUGGAUCCUUUGACACAGGACAUCCCAGCUGAUUCUUCACCGAGAGAAGAGGUCCAUCGUCGAGAAAUAACAGAAGACGAUAUUCUGGAUAUUUGGAGGACCAUAACUCUGACACAGUUACAGAAAACCUUGGGGCUGACCUCCUUUGAGGAUGUUUUAAAUCCCUUUGAUGUGAACUCCCGCUAUAUUGCCUAUAACAUGACCAACGUUAACAAACAUGGAGUAGUAACUCUUGAGGACAAGACAGAUGACCUGCCUCACUGGGUUUUGUCUGCAAUGAAAUGUUUGGCAAACUGGCCAAAGUACGACUUGAACCAGCCCUCGUACCCUGGAUUCGAGAGGGACGUCUUUAAGACGGUCUCAGACUACUUUGUGAACCUGCCACAGCCGCUGCUCACUUAUGAGUAUUAUGAGUUGUUUGUGAACGUCUUGGUUUUGUGUGGCUACAUCGUACUCCCUAAAAAUCGUCACGGGAAGCGUAAAAACCUGGAAGAUGCCAGCUGUCCCCAGCCACCAAAGACCCCCCACCUGAAUGAGACCAAAGCAUUCAGGUCAACAGAGUGUCUCCUCCUGAGCUUGAUACGGAAGGAGGCAAUUGAUGAAACCGAAUCGCCCAUGCGAGAGGUCUUCAGUUCCAGACUGAUGUCGAGGCCCCCUUCCCUGGGAUUGGACCCAAUCGCAUGGGCCCACCAGCAAGGAAUCUCUAGUAGAGAUUCUGGAGGACACGCUGCAGACUUGGUGGGAGGGUGUUGCCUGCAAAGAGAGAGCAGAGGAGCAGCGGCCGGGAGACUCAGACCCCGGAGCUCUUCUCUGGAAGGAAUUAUUGAUCACAAAACUGACGGUUGCUCCCAGCUCAAGUGCAAGUCAAUGAAAAAUCUGCCGUUCCGUAGAAGUGUCAGCAGUGGCAGUGGGGUUUUUUAUCCCUCUCCGUGGCACGAAGAAGAGGCUUUGGGGCAGAGCUGUCUGGCCAGAGCUGCCUCAGCGUCGAGUCUUUCUUGUGAUGUGGGUUGUAGCAGAAGAGAUAGGAACGUGCACUACGCUGAACUUCCCAGCAGCAGCGGUAUGACUUCUGCGUCCCUGCUGGCUGUGCAGUCCAGAAGAAACCGUUCCAGGAGCUUCUGCAACCUCCCCGACGUGGUCAAGCACAGGUCUGCCAGCAGCUUCAGCAUCAACACUCCCGUGGCCGAGAUCACUAUGAAGCCGGACUGUUCCUCCAGCAUUGGGUUGCGAAGGCCCAGUUUACUCAAGCUUACUAGUUCCCCUGCAGGAGUCCAGGCUGCACCCGAUGUCAGUAGGCGCUGUUGUAGCUCUACGGAUUUGUCCAACAAGUGUGCUGCCCCUGUUCAGUCUGUGUCCACUAUCACACAGCGACCGAGUCCUGACCAAAGUCUCCUGCAGCCACAGCUGGAGCAGGUGGCCAUCGAGGCCCUGCAGCUCUGCACCCUUCUCAUUCCCCCGGUUCGUCGGCGCAAGCUGCAACUACUCAUGCGCAUGAUCUCUCGCAUGAGUCAGAACGUAGACAUGCCCCGAUUGCACAGCGCUCUAGGGACACGCACACUGAUGGUGCACACAUUUUCCCGUUGUGUCCUCUGCUGUGAGGAGGAAAUGGACCUGGAUGAGCUACUGGCUACGAGACUGGUCUCCUUUUUGAUGGAUCACCAUCAGGAGAUCCUCCAGGUUCCAGUCUACCUGCAGAAUGCAGUUCAGGAUCACAUUGCAUACCUCCGGAAAGUUCAGGUAACGUAUCCUGGUGCGGAUGCUGCUUCAGCUCUGCCUACGUACUCGUUCUGCAGACGGAUAAGUGCUGAGGAGUUCGAGGAACAGAAGCUGACGAUCUCUCAGGCAGCCAUUGCCGAGCUGCUGGAGAGCAUCAUCAGGAACAAAAGCAUGGCUGUGAAGGUGAAGAAGAAGAAACUCGCGCAGUUCCGGAAGGAAUACCCGGACAUCUACAGCCGCCGUUUUCCCAGCACGGACAGUGAGGCCCAGCUGUUUGUAGACAGGCCAAAGAUCAAGCCGCCAAUGCUGCUCCAUAUAAAGAAAACAAAAGCGUUCAGUGUUCACAACUGAAGUCUUUCUGCUCCUAGCGAACUGCAUUUUUAUUUUUGAAGACCCAUCGACUACAUGAAGGAAACUGUAAGAGGAUAUUUAGUGUGCAUGACUGUCAUUAUGUAAACGAAACCCUCAGCUUGGACAUUUGAUACACAGUACGAUACUUGACACAUUUGUGUACAAUAACUUAUUUUCUGUUAUUUUCUUAAUGCAUCGUUUUACCACCCUUUUCUGAAAUGGUGAAGGAUAAAUGCUGUAUAUGCUACAAUGACUUGAUAUCUGCACAAGACAAGAAUUGUUACUUUAUUUCCAAAAAUGUUGUAUGAGUUUCACAGUCAGGUGCCAUUUACUUAUUUGGUGAACCAACCCGUGGUGCUUGUAUAUUUGGGCAAAUGGGAAUAGCUUUAUGCAAUACUUUUGGCUAUUCUUUAUUUCCUUCUUUGUUUGUCUAUUGCCUCAAAGACAAUUUUGAAAGGUACGACCCCCCCCCCCCCCCCCAAAUUUUGAAAUGUUAAGUUGUUGAUAUGUGUGAGAACAUUGUUACUGAUGUCAAUUCUGUGUAUUUGGUUUUAUUUUACACAAUACAAAGUAAACCUUUAAAGUGAA